CAUCCAUACUCUAAAUCUCAUCCACCAUGGCGUCCGUCCUGCCAAAUAACAGCUAUGCCUACUACAGUACUGAGCAGGCCACGAUUAUUCUGAGCACGGAGAAAUACAUUAUCGACGACAAGUUCAAAUUCACCACGGAUACCUGUUUGGUCUACGCAGAGGAACUCGAAAUUACCUCCAGCAUCACCGCCCGCGGCAAGAGUAUCGGGCUCUUUUGUCAUACACUGACAGUCUCCAAUGGUGUCACUAUUGGUGUCUCCGGCGAGACAGGCGCGGCAGGCAUCCCCAAUAUCAACGAAGAUGGCGGGUCGGGAGGAAAUGGCAAAGAUGCCGGGAAUGUGUGGAUCUGUGUUCGGUCCGUUCCAGGCGAAAAAGCUUUCCAAAAUUUGACGAUCGAGGCGUAUGGGGGAACCGGCGGUAGCGGCGGCGACAGCACCAUCUCCGACAAAGAGGAUAAAGACAAGCCAAAAGAGACCAGGGGGGGCGCUGGCGGCGACGGUGGAAAUGGAGGUGACAUUGAACUGUUAUUUGGAACAGCAGAGACAGAUGCCGUGGUUGCCCUGCAGAAGAUCUACAGACGAUCGUGGCCAGAGCAGGUUUUAUGUCUGACUGAGCCGGUGCUCUCAGACAGUCUCCCUGGGUGCCUCUCCGCAGGGGAUGAAGAAGUCCUCCAAGUACUGAAGAGCCUCAGUGGAGUUCUCCAAGAUCUCGCCGUGCAUCUCGAGGUCUUGUCUAAAGCGGGUCUCAACAAAGAAAUUCAAGACAAUGCCUCGUCUCUCAUGCAGGAGGUGCACACCAACCUGGCCACAAAGGACGAGGCACCAAAGGAUGUCACCACUGAAACAGUCACUCUCUUUGAAAAGACACUGAAAUCAGUUCGCUCGAUCAGCCUAGAGACUGGAACCGCUGAUGCAACUCAAAUUCUUGCGGCUGCUCAAAAGGCCAUCGAAAAAGUCUCCCCGCGAAAGGAUUCUCAGCUGGUUUCUCUCAUCCGCAACCUAGAAAAGAGACUCCAGGCAGAUUUGGCGAAUAUGGAGAGUGCUGCCUACGACUUUACAAAGAAUAACUCUCGAGGUGCUGGGGGGGUGGGUGGCUAUGGGACCAAAGAAGGUGGCUUCAGAUCCCAAAACGGUGCCAAUGGCAAAGCAGGGCUGAAUAGUGGCCAGAGCCGUGCUACAAUCCUGCCGUUCAAAGGCUUCGAGGAGGAUUUGGAUGUUUUGCAAGCCUACAUCUUUCCCGAACAAUGCCAGAUGCUGCUGAACAAAGCGGACGAUAUCUUCUUCAGCAGCAACACUGAUGACUGGAAGAGAGCAUACGCACUCUAUAACAUCUUGGUCGGCCGUCUCCAAGUGCUCAAUGCUUUUCAGGGCGAGCGCUCUGGCCUGUUGGAUGCCCUGGAAGGCCUGGAAACCAAGCUCAAUGUAACCAGCAAUCCUGUCCUGCAACUCAAGUCCGUUUAUGAGCAGGCCAUCAGUCGUCGCAAUCGAUUGCUGCUGUGUCAAGAUAUGUUCGGCCAUGUUGACAGCUGGGUACCCCGUUUGUCAUUCGGUUUCUAUGCCCAGUCCGUGGAGGAACGAUUCCAGGUCCUCGAUUCGACAGAAAAACUGACCGCAGCCUACGAAGAAGCCGUACAAAAUGACAAUGACGUCCAUACCCUCGUGGACCAGGGUAUCAGCAAGAUGGCCGAUGCCCAAAAGGAAGCCGAGGCCAAGAUUGACCUUCUCACCUCCCCUAACGGCCCACUAGCCACUGGUGUCAGUAAGAUCGCUUUCCUGACCAAGGAUAUUCGAGUGAAGCGACAGCUGCUCGUGGACGAACUGAGCAAGAUUCGUUUCAAGAAUAACCUCGACUGGACUAUCUUCCUCAGAGGCGCGAGUGCCCUUGUCUCGACAUACCGUGACCCCGCAUCUAUCCUCGAUCAGGUCAAAACAGGCUACGAUUUAUAUCAAGAAGGAACAGGUGGAUCGGUGAAAAACCUGGAGGGCGAUGUGGUGAAGAGAGAGUAUAUUAUCGACCAGCUGGAACAAUGCGGUGACACCCUUGACUCGCUGGAACAGGCACUCAAAACCAAGAAGAACAACGAGAUUGGCAUCGAUGAUCCGGGGGCGCUGAAGAUCCUCAGCACGGCGGAUGAUAUCCGAAAGAUUCUCCGCGAGUUCAAAAAUGCAAUAGAGCCGGCGGACCUGAAAAGCAUAGAAGGCGCCUUGGAUACUUUCGUCGCAGUGACCCUAGAUCGCAACAGCGCCGUUCUGGACUACAACGCUUCCAUCCAGCUCCUAAUCGAAGCGAUCAAUAAUCGAGACUAUAGCAAGAGCCAAGGUGAGACUCUGGGCCAGAAGAGACACACGCUCAAUCCGAAAUCUCCAGCUAUUCUAUUCUGGCUCCGCAAAACACGCGAUACCAUGCGACUAGAGCUUAUGCAACGUCUGAACUACGAGAGCCGAGCGAUCAGAUUCUGGGGACUGCAGAAGGAGCUCGACUUUUCCCACCCGGCGCCCCUCAACUCAGUCACCCAGCUACAAGACAGCCAGUUGAACCUGAAGAAGGCCUUUGAGAACUGUCUUCAGGGUUAUGCCAACAACAUUCGCGUCACAUGGCCCCGCUACGAGAAUGACAAGGGACUGCUGUAUGCGCUGACCAAGGAGGAGCUGGAGGCUUUCAAGCGUCGACAGGUGCUCACCACGUCCAACGGCGACGAUGGGGUCUAUAGUGCCUCCAUUCGGCUGGAGCCCGGUGCCUCCCCGUUUGGCACUGGCCGUGCAGAUGUCCGGAUCAACCAGGUACGCCUGUGGUUGCUUGGGGUCCAGGUGAAUCCUGAUAAUGCGCUUCGCAAGCGACUGCUGGUGAAAAUCAGCCAUGUGGGAAAUGAGACGCUGGAAGACACUGAGCGUAAACGGUUUGAAUUUGCCCACGACGCCGUCAAUAUUCAGUUUGAGUACGAUACCGCCAGAGUCCAGGGGGUCGAUGACUUCAGCUCCGAGUUCGUCUUUGGCAAGCAAGGGCUGGAGGAUAAUUGGAGUGGUGGUGACACCCAGCUGACUGCGUCGACAUUUGCUGCCAUAGGUCCCUUUACUGAGUGGCACUUUGAUAUUCGCGAGUCGGAGAACCAGGGUUUGGAUAUGGGAUUGGUGACGGCUGCGUAUGUGGAAUUCCGGGGGGCGAACCGGCCAUUCUCGGUGGACUAUGGGGAGCCGACUCGAUCUGAGCUGGAAUGA